AUGACAGCGGCUGCAAAUCCAGGCCUGGACCGUCGGCAUGGGACCCUCGCGAUUCUGCGGCGCGUCAAGCAGCGGGCGUUGAGCGCCAAGCAGCUGACUGGCGUCCUGCGGCAGCUGUCAAGUGGAGACGUCUUCACCGCGUUUCAAGUGCUCGAAGCCCUUGAGCUGCAGGGAGACGUGAAUCAGAUCCACCGCAACGUGGUGGCCACAGCUGCCACCCGGGCCUCGCGGUGGCAGCUGGCGCUGCAGCUCUUCAACCCAAAGGCCGACGUGGUGGGCUAUAGCGCGGCCAUGGACGCCUGUGUUGUGGGCAGCCUUUGGCGCAGGGCCCUGGAACUGUUCAACCUCUCUCGAAAGCUGCCUCCGGAUAUUGUCAUGGUGAGCGCUGCUAUUGAUGCAUGUGAUGUGGGCGGACAUUGGCAGGCUGCGCUUGGUUUCCUUCGUUUGAUGCCGGACUGGCGUUUGUGCCCCAACCAGAUCACCUACACCAAGCUUCUUCGCCUGUUGCCCUGGCCCACCGCCCUGGCGCUGCUUUUCGGCCACGCGCCCAUGGGCGCCGUAGCCUUCGGCGCCGCCGUGGCGGCGUGCGGCGCCCAGAACGCGUGGCGCGCGGCGGUGGCGCUGCUGGGGGCAAUGCCAGGACACGCUGCGCCAAAUGCUGCCGUCUUCAAUGCCGCCAUCAAGGCUGCUGCUGCAGAGUGGAGGGUGGCAGUGGCGCUCUUCGGGUCCAUGCGUCAACAUGACGUUCCGCCGAAUGCCAUCACGUGCACUUCUCUGCUGCAUGCCUUGGGAGACGACCGCUGGCCACGUGCAGUCGCCUUGCUGUCAGAGAUGCGCUCGCUGCAGGUGGCUGAUAACAUCAUCAGUUGGAACAGCCUCCUCCACGCGCUGAGUUCCUCUUCCUCAGCCCCGUGGCAGCUGGCGGUGGCCAGCUUUGCAGAGCUGCGCGGGCGGCGGCUCCGGCCGGACAGCGGGACCUUUGCGCCGCUGCUGCGGGCCAUGGGAGGACAGUGGCGGCGUGCGCUGGCGCUGUGGGCAGCCAUACCUGAGCACCAGGUGGAGAUGGAUGUGCUCUGUUGUAGCGCCGCCAUGACCGCAUGCCAGAACAACUGGCAGGUGGUGUUGGUAUUGCUGGACUCAUUACCUUCUCUAAGCCUGGCAGCGGAUGCAACCGCGUGCACAUCGGCCAUCGCAUCAUGUGGUCAAUGCGCCCAGUGGCAAGCAGCCCUUGCCGUUGUCAGCUCCAUGCCUGAGAGAAGGGUUUCUGCGAACUCCAUUACUUACGCAGCCUCUGUCACGGCUCUCGCAAACGCUGGCUGCUGGAGCUUGGUGCUGCAACUUGUGGAGGAGAUGGCCGCACAGGAUUUGCACAGCUUCUCUGAGUCGAAGUAUGACCACACUGUGCAAGCAGGAAGUUUGCUGGACGUUUUUAAGCACACCGUGUUGGUUGGCUUGCUGCAGCAGAUGUGUGCAGAUUCUGAGCCCAUGAUCUUCAUUGACACCCAUGCUGGGAGGGGUAUCUAUGAUUUGCAGGUGGACGAAGGCCCGCUGAAUUUCCAGCGCGGUAUUUCUCAGCUUCUCCAUGCAGAUAGUGCCGCGAUGGCUUGGGGGUACCGCUACGCGGUGGCGCGUCAUGCGAGCGGGGCGCGCUAUCCGGGCUCUGCGGCGCUGGGGGCGCAGUGGCUACGACCCCAAGACUCCGCCAUGGUGUUCGAGAUCUCGCACCGCAUGUGUGCGGAGCUUGCACACAAUCUACAACACAUCAGCGCUGCUCAUAUUGACGUGGUGUGUGGCGACUCCUACCGGCUCCUCUUACAACACCGUUCACUUCACGGAAAAGGCUUGAUUCUCAUUGAUCCGCCUUGCGACCCCUACGAUCUUUACAUGGCCUGGAGCCUCUGCUUGGUGAAGCACGUGCUCAAGCAUUGGUCAGGUUUCAGCAUCAUCAUGUGGUAUCCCUGCCUGGGUCAGAGCCAGCUGCAGGGUCUGUACAGCCAAGCCAUUGCCUUGGACGUAGGGGACGUCUUGGUUGCAGAAUUCGGGACCUCCGGCACCGUCUCCUUGGAGAGGUCCGGGGCUACGGACGCGUCGCGGAAGGCUCUUCGAUCCCGAGGCGCACAGCGAAAGCCCGGCAUCACUUGGACGCAGGAGCUUGGCAGGCAGCGGCCGGCUUCAGCAGAGAGGCGGCAUCCGGAGGCAAAGCGCCGGCAUCCCGGCCAUGAUCAUGGGAAGGGUGCCACGCCUCCUGGCUGGGACCACCGGGCAGAGGCCAAGGAUGGACCCAAGUACCGCGCGGAGUUCUUGGGAAGGCGCUGA